CGAAAUCCGAUACGGAAAGCUCAGUCUGGGCGAAAAUUGUCAAGCAGUUGUUGGUGGAUAGUCAAAAUUAACAGAAAUAACAGAAAUCAACACAUUCCGCCCAGUUCAAAAUACCGAAAAUUGCCAGUGAAAACAGAGUUACAGAAGAACAAAGGGGAUAAAAGUUCGUCCUGUGUGCGUGUGAUAAAAGUUGCCUCUGUGUGCGUGCGUCCGUGUGUUAGUGUAUGUGCGCGCAAAAAGAAUAGAGAAAGCAAAGCAUCCCGUAGGAGUGGCACACAAAGUGUUUGCAUAACUUAACUCGCGAUAACCACCCACCGUGCACCACCAACCACCGCCCGUAGUCAAUAACUUGAUUAAAUGCCCCGAAAUCGAGGCGAAUUCAAGGGCUAAAGAAAUGGAUGUGCAGGAAGGAUAUCGGUGGUGAUUUUGCAGUGUGAUUGAGGCGUGGUCGUGCCAAUCCAUAGCGGCAUGGAUUCCGAGCAGACGGCCCAGUGCGUUGUGUGUUCCGUUGUCGUUUGUGUCCUGCUUAUUAUCGUUGGCCUCCUCAUAUUCAUCGUGAGUGUGUUUGUCUUGGGCCCGGUUAUUGAUGAAGUGCAAGUCCGCCUUGUAGAGAUCAAUGAGACCACCACCAGCGACAUGGAGCCGUUCCACGAUUACGACUACGACUGAACUAAAGAAAACAUUUUUCUCGACCUCAUUCCAUUAAGCUGGAAAGCUAUAGUCUGUGACCAAAUAAAAUGCAUUUUUUGAAUACAUUAUACUUGUCAAUACCUUUAUUAAAUAUUUUUAAAUCUCAA